AUGAGGGCCAAACGUUCCAAGAAGUAUCGCAAGCUUAUGCAUCAAUAUGAGCUCGCUUUCGGGUUCCGAGAGGCUUACCAAGUGCUGGUGGAUUCGAACUUCCUCCGCGCCACGGACUCCUUCAAGAUGGACCUGAUUCCCGCACUUGAGCGAACAGUCCAAGGCAAAGUCAAGCCUCUAUUGACAAAAUGCUCGCUCGCCGCUAUCAUGGCCGCGCAACCUAUCAACCCGAAAACAGAAAAGCCCUACAGACCUUUGUUCCUCCCACCACCCACAGAACUCCCACUCCGCCACUGCUCUCACAACGCGGACCACACUCCAAUCGACGAGAUCGAAUGCCUCCUCUCCCUGCUGUCACCUAAUGCGGACUCAAAAAAGAACAAGGAGCACUACAUCCUCGCAAGCGCGGACCCAAUUUUGAAGAAGAGAAACGCCAACGACGAGCAGCGGAAAUACAAGCGCGAAGACGAGCGCAAAGAAGAAGAGGCCUUGCGCCGUUCUCGAGCUUUGCGUUCACAAGCCCGCGCCAUCCCCGGUGUGCCUAUCAUCUACGUGAAGCGCUCGGUCAUGGUCCUCGAGCCUAUGAGCAACCCCUCCGAGAUGGUUCGCGAUGGCGUGGAGCGAGGGAAGUUCCGCGCUGGUUUGGAUGCUGAUCCUAUGCUCGGCAAGCGCAAGCGUGAUGGAGAGGGUGAGGGCGAAGAGUCGGCAGAACCUAAGAAGAAGCGGGGUCCUAAGGUCAAGGGCCCGAACCCGCUUAGUAUGAAGAAGCCAAAGAAGAGAAAUGAUGCGCCUGGCCCGACACCGAAGAAGGAGAAGGUCAAUGCGGAUGCUGGCGAUGUCUCUAAGGAUGUGGAUGCUAUUGAGCAGCCGGGUGGUGAUGAGUCUGCCGCUGCUAAGCCGAAGCGGAAGCGCCGUCACAAUAAGAGUGGUCCUUGGCAAGGAGAUCAGCUCCCUGAUGAGCCAAAUGAAGUGUCUGCCUCCAUGGAGGUUGAUGCUUGA